AUGUCGACCUCUUCGAUAAACGGGUGCCUUACCUCCCUUUCUCUUGCCAACUCCCCCGUCAAGAGAAUCACACUUGCCCCUUCCAUCUCCUGCAGGCUCAAUCCUUCUUCUCCUUCUCCUCCUCCUCCUCCCCCUACCCUUAUUAGAAACGAGCCUGUUUUUGCUGCCCCAGCUCCCAUCAUUACUCCUAUUUUGAGAGAAGAAAUGGGGAAGGAUUCAUACGAGGAAGCAAUUGCAGGAUUACAGCAGCUUCUCAGGGAGAAGGGAGACCUGGAAGCAGUUGCGGCGGCGAAGAUAGAGCAAAUAACAGCGGAGUUGCAAGGGGCGGUGGUCGAUGGGAAAGUGUUUGAUCCGGUGGAGCGGAUGAAACACGGCUUCGUCCACUUCAAGACUGAGAAAUUCCAGAAGAGUCCUGCAUUGUUCGGGGAACUAGCCAAAGGGCAGAGCCCAAAGUUUAUGGUGUUUGCGUGCUCGGACUCUCGAGUCUGCCCGUCGCAUAUCCUAAAUCUCCAGCCGGGAGAGGCUUUUAUGGUCCGUAACAUCGCUAACAUGGUUCCCGCAUAUGAUCAGACCAGGUACUCGGGAGUUGGGGCGGCCAUCGAAUAUGCCGUAUUGCACCUCAAGGUGCAAAACAUCGUGGUCGUUGGGCACAGCUGUUGUGGUGGGAUAAAGGGGCUCAUGUCUAUCCCCGACGACGGCUCCACCUCCACUGACUUCAUCGAAGAUUGGGUGAAAAUAUGUUUGCCUGCCAAGCACAAGGUGAAUGCUGAAUACAGUAGUUUGCCGUUCCCUGAUCAAUGCUCCCAAUGUGAAAAGGAAGCGGUGAAUGUAUCCCUGGGAAACCUACUAACUUAUCCGUUUGUGAGAGAAGGAUUGGUGAAGAAAACUCUGGCACUUAAGGGCGGAUACUACGAUUUUGUUAACGGAACUUUUGAGCUUUGGGGGCUCGACUUCGGCCUCACACCUUCUCUCUCUGUAUGAUCAUCCACCACAGUAAGAGAAGUGGCUUCGAUACUGCACUGGAAGCUCUAGAGACUCUGCUUUUAUCUCUUUUAUCUCCCCCACUGAGAGGUGAUGGAAACUGGAAAGAGCCAUAACAACAACAUCACCAUCACCUCACAACGAUCAAGCCUCUUUCUUUCUUCUUAUUGAACUUAAAUUAAAUUGGGGUCUGUAGAUCAUAAAAACCCUUAUUCCAAAAGUUAGAAUGCAACUUCUUUAUCGUUUAGCCCAA